AUGGGCGAGCUUAAAGGGCGGAGCGUCUCUAUCUUUGUUGUCACUGUCGUGUUCCUCGUCUUGUCUUUUGUUGCUGUUGCUCUUCGAUGUUUCGCGCGGCUGAGGUUGGUCAGGGCGUUUGGGUGGGAUGAUUCCCUGAUGGUACUUGCUAUGGCGCUGAACAUUCUAUUCGCGAUAUGUGGAAUGACGGGGUCUUUCUAUGGAAUAGGUCGGAAGAUGGAAGAGCUUAUCCACGAUAUUCCCGGAAUUGAAAAGGCAUUAUUCUGGUGGUGGCUCGGACAGGCCAGCUACGUCUUCACCUGCGUCAUCGCCAAGAUGUCCAUCGCGUUGGCCCUCCUCCGCCUAACGAUAUCAAGAGUCCACCAAGCCAUUCUCUGGACUGUAAUCGGAGUCUCGGUAGUCGUCGGCCUUGCCUUUUGGCUCACCCUGAUCCUGCAAUGCCACCCAGUCUCGUUCUUUUGGCACCGGUUCACGACCUCGGGGACUUGCAUUAAUCUCAACUACCUCGAAGGCGUUGCAUACCUGUACAGUGUCACGGCGGUUAUUUGUGACUUCAUUCUGGCUCUGCUGCCGAUCGCGCUUGUGUGGACAUUGCAGAUGAAUUUUAGGACUAAGGCUGCGCUGGCUGCUAUUCUGGGAUUGGGCUGCAUUGCCAGUACUGCCGUGAUUGUUCGCAUUCCCUACCUUCAUUAUUACAAAGAUGCCGAUUUUCUAUACGCAACAGCAGACAUCUCAAUUUGGUCCAACGUCGAAGCAGGCCUCGGAAUCACAGCGGGAAGUCUCGUCACAGUGCGCUCCCUAUUCCGGUUCUUCCGCGGGAGCGGAUACGAAGACUCGGGCUCCAGGACAGCCAGUGAGUUGCCAUUAUCGAGGAUAAACAUGAACGGCGCAAAUAGGACCCGCAGUGGCGAGGAAAUGGAUGAGCUCUGGUGGCUUGAGGUUGAGGCUGGGCAGGGCGAGACGAGGAGUACGACCCGGACUUCUACCAGUCGGCUUGGGGGGCAGGAGGAUUUGAAACAUAUAGGUGGGACUUUUUUAUCUUUAACGGCUUCGGAUCCGGGUUCAUGA